UUGGGAUCGAUACAGAUGUCUUCAUUUCUAGUGACUACAAAGGGGCUAUAAGGGAAACAUGGAUGAAGUAUCUAUCUCCUUUAAAGCGGAGAGAUAGCUUUGUUCUGAAAAUGAAAAUCUCAGAAGUUUCGGCCACAAGAAUGCGCUUCGAGUACUACAUUUUCAAGCUUACAAACAAGGAGCUUGCCUUGGAGGGCACAUCAGUAGUUGUAUGGCUUGACGAGAACCUUCGUCCCACUCGUAUUCCGACCGAAGCAAAGUUGAAGCUGAAGAGCUACCUGGAUAACGGCAGUGUUGAAGAAUCAAUCCAUGUAGCUGAAUCUUCUCCCAUCUGAGGCCGUAAAGAGAACUCUGAAAAAUAAA